CUUUGAGGAAAUAGAGUGAGUGAGCUGCUGGUCAAAAGGAGAGCUUCAAUUCAUCUGGCCAACACUCCUGUUAGCUGCUCUAAUCUUUGUCUUUUUAAUAUUUUCAGGCAAGCAGGAGCUGACUUCCUUUAACGCUACCAUUCCAAAGAAACACCCAAAACUGUGGGAAGAUUAAGAAUUUCUACAUCUCAAAAUGGCAAAAAUAAAUUUGAGCAUUGUGGUUUUGGGGGUCUCACUGCUCCUGUUUGCAGAGACUUGGGCACAGAAUCCCAGGAAGAGGCUGGCUCCUCCGAAGCCUCCAAAGGGUCAGUGCUGCGAUGAGGUGCGCUCUCUCAAAGUUCAGGUGGCAAAUCUGACCAGUCUCCUCGAGGAGCUGAGUCGCAAGCAGGAGGCAGACUUGAUGAAUAUUGUGAGGCAAAUAAUGAAGCUGGACAAGCUGAACCAGCAGCAAGAAGCUCGGGUCACAGAAGCAGAGAGCAAGUACUCAGAGAUAAACAACCGUGUGGAGAUCAUGCAGCUGCAAACUCUACAGUCUGCAACUCAAACUUCAUCAGAUGCUAUAUACGACUGUGCAUCACUCUACAGCAAGAACUACAGGAUCUCAGGAGAGUACAAACUACCAAAAGAUGAGCUUCUGGGUGCCCCUGAGCUCAGUGUCUUUUGUGAUAUGGAGACAAAUGGAGGUGGCUGGACUGUCAUUCAGCGGCGCAAGGUUGGCCUGACAUCCUUCAGCCGUGACUGGAAACAGUACAAGAAUGGAUUUGGGUCCAUCCGUGGAGACUUCUGGAUGGGCAAUGACCACAUCAUCCGCCUAACAAGGCAACCCAGUAUGCUCAGGAUUGAGAUGGAGGACUGGGAAGGAGAAACCCGCUAUGCUGAGUAUGGAUUUUUCACUGUGGGUAAUGAGAUUAACAGCUACAAGCUCUUCAUAGCCAACUAUAGUGGAAAUGCUGGAGACUCCUUGCGCUACCACAACAACACCAACUUCAGCACCAUGAACAAGGACAAUGACAAAUGUGUGGAUGACUGCGCCUCCCUACGCAAAGGUGGUUACUGGUACAACUGCUGCACUGACUCCAAUCUUAAUGGCAUUUUUUACCGCUACGGUGAGCACAAAAAGAGCACAGAUGGGAUCACUUGGUACGGCUGGCACGGCCCCAACUAUUCCCUCAAGAAAGUGGAGAUGAAGGUCCGGCCAGUGGGUUUUCAACCAUAAGUGCCUCAGCUGUGCCUCCUGAAUUAACACCAAACACAUGUAUAUCAAGAGAUCUCACUAAUACCUGUUCAAUCAAACUGUGUCUUUCCCUUGACUGCGACAGGAAUGAAAUAGUUGGUUUUGAUGGUCCGGUUGAAUUUUAGUCAGUUGAAUGUGUAAUGUUUUUUACCGUGAUUGAUUGUAAAUUGUAGUUAAUUUUGUGUAUUUAUCAGUAAAAUAUUUUAUUUUUAAAAGCUUUGAUAGAUGCUCUUUUUUUAACCACUGUCCCUUAUGGGCUACUGUAUUUUGAUUCAUUCUCUCCUUCAUGUUGAAAGCACUAGGAUGUUUUUUUUUUUAGGAAAUAAAAGCUACAAUCAGUCCAGACUGGUCAGGUUUAGCUGUAAAUCUUUGUGAGCAAUAGCAGCUAAUUGAAUGGAGUCUGUGUGAGUUGCUGGUAUAUGACCUACCAACAAAAGGCAUUUCCUAUAAAUUACGCUGCAUUUUUAAAAAAAAUUUUUUUUAUAAAACCCUUAACGCUCAUGAUGGAAAUGUGUGAUUUGUAAAAUGUGUACAGCUUUUUAAUUAUGUUGUUUAAUAUGAUAGAAAAUAAAAGAUGUUUUUAAAAGAAACUAAGCACACUGCAUGUCCUUACAUUAAAGGUGACUUUACACUGA